CGUGUAAUGUGAUAAUUGGGUAUCAUGAUUCUUGCAUUAUUAGCUAUCAUCACAAUAGCGUAAACCUUCCAUCCUCUUCAUUCAUAAUAAUAACUUCGCAAUCAUUUCUCAUUCAUCAUGUUUUUUUAUUUUCCUUAAAAUUCACAAAAAACCAAAAACCCCAAUUGGAUAAUUUAAUUCUUUCCUUUUUCUUUUCAAUAAAAAUCUUUUCUUUUUCUUUUCAAUAAAAAAAAAACAAUAUUUUUGUACCUUCCUUGUUCAUUUACAACACCAACUCCACCAAUAAUAAAAAGGGUUUAAUUCCUUUUAAUUUCUCAAGUCUGAACCUGCCCAAUAUUUGAAACAAAUUCAAAUUGGAAUUUUAGCUCAUAAAUUUCCCACUUUUACUUCAUUCAUUGCCUUCAACACUGUUCAAAAAUCUAAUCUUGUAGGACAAUCAAUAAUCAUUACUUUGAUGGGUGUCUCUGUUGAUUCACCAUCACAAAAGGGUUCAUGGAAAUUUUUCACUAGAAGGAAGCAAGUUGAUUCUGCACGUAAAAACACUAACACUCUACUUGCAAAGGAAUUAACUGUUUCUCAUCUCAUUGCAAUUGGUGUUGGUUCAACAAUUGGUGCUGGAGUGUAUGUUUUGGUUGGAACAGUAGCUAGAGAGCAUUCUGGACCAGCUUUGGCCAUUUCUUUUCUGAUUGCUGGAUUAGCAGCUGGUCUUUCUGCCUUUUGCUAUGCCGAGUUAGCUUGUCGUUGUCCUUCUGCUGGAAGUGCAUAUCACUACUCAUACAUAUGUCUUGGAGAAGGUGUUGCUUGGUUGAUCGGUUGGGCCUUGGUAUUGGAAUAUACGAUUGGUGGCGCUGCUGUUGCUCGUGGCAUAACCCCCAAUCUUGCUCAACUUUUUGGUGGUCUGGACAAUGUACCAUUCUUUUUGUUGCGCCAGCAUAUUCCUGGGAUUGAUAUUGUUGUGGACCCAUGUGCAGCAAUUUUGGUAUUUCUUGUUACAGGACUCCUAUGUUUGGGGAUCAAGGAGAGCACAGUGGUACAAGGCAUAGUAACAUCAGUGAAUGUAUGUGCAUUGCUUUUUGUGAUAGUAGCUGGUGGUUACAUAGGAUUCAAGUCUGGAUGGGUUGGAUAUGAACUUCCUACUGGGUAUUUUCCCUUUGGAGUUGAUGGGAUGCUUGCUGGUUCGGCAACAGUCUUCUUUGCAUAUGUAGGUUUCGAUGCAGUUGCCAGCACUGCCGAAGAGGUGAAAAAUCCUCAACGAGAUUUGCCAUUGGGUAUCGGUGUUUCAUUGUUUCUAUGCUGUGGAAUGUAUAUGUUGGUUUCCAUUGUUGUGGUUGGUUUAGUACCUUAUUAUGCAAUUGAUCCCGAUACCCCAAUAUCCUCUGCAUUUUCUGACCAUGGAAUGCAAUGGGCGGCUUACAUUAUAAAUGUUGGAGCUUGCACAGCUCUCUGCUCGGCAUUGAUGGGUGGAAUACUUCCCCAGCCACGGAUUUUGAUGGCUAUGGCAAGGGAUGGACUACUGCCACCAUUUUUUUGUGACAUAAAUAAGCACACUCUAGUUCCUGUCAAGGGCACAGUAAUUACUGGCCUAGCAGCUGCAGUCUUAGCAUUUUCUAUGGAAGUCUCUGAACUUGCAGGAAUGGUUAGUGUUGGUACGCUUUUAGCAUUCACCAUGGUGGCAAUAUCUGUGCUGAUCCUAAGAUAUAUUCCUCCAAAUAAAGUCCCAGUGCCUCCUUCUCUCCAGGGUUCAAUUGCAGAGAUCAAUGUGGAAUAUGUAGGGGAAAAUAUCAGUACUUCUGAAGACACAAAACCUUUGGAUGUUGUACACGAUUUUCCCGUUGAUUAUCCCCUUAUUUCUAAAUACCUUGCCAUAGAUACGUAUCUAAAUGAGGGUAACAGAAGAAGAGUUGUGGAGUGGACUAUAGCAUUCAUAUGCUUAGGGGCAUUUCUCCUUACAUUUGCAGCUUCUUGUUUAACUCUUAGCUCUGUUCGCUUUGCAUUGUGUGGAGUUGGAGGCGUUCUUCUUGUGUCUGGAUUCGUCUUCCUAACCUGUAUAGAUCAAGAUGAAGCAAGGCAUGACUUUGGUCACUCUGGAGGUUUUGUAUGCCCAUUUGUGCCACUGCUGCCUAUUGCAUGCAUUCUCAUCAAUUCCUACCUACUCAUUAAUCUUGGAGUGGGAACAUGGUUGCGUGUUUCUGUAUGGUUGGUAGCAGGACUACUAAUUUAUGUGUUUUAUGGACGAACUCAUAGUUCUCUAAAAGAUGCAAUUUAUGUGCCAGUAAGUCAAGUGGACCAAACUUAUCAAGCUCCCAGAAGCCAUCUUGCUUAAUCUCUGUAGAAAAAUUUAGCAUGUGUUUGGAAAAUGAAGAAACAUGGUCAUGCGUGCGUUGACUACCCUCUCCAGUUUAUAGCUUUUAAGAUCAGUCAUUUUAGUAUUGGGAUGCAAGAAAGCGGAUUGCAACGUGAAUCCAAACAUGCUGUUUGUGUUUGGAGUUUGCUUGCCUGAGAUGAUGUUGCAUCCUCACCAGUUGUAUAAAUCCUUGUACAGAAGAAAAUGUUCCUCAAGCUUAGGUUUUUGUAUUUGUUUUCUUCCAGAGUAGAAUGUCAUUAUUAUAUGCCUUAAUGUAUAAAUGGUUGUAUAUAUAUUCUUGUUCAAAAAAUGUAAAUAUAUUUUUAAACUAUAUACAUUAUUCUUUAGCUA